AUGCCAUUGCUUCUGCUUACGUUCAAAUUGCUGGUACUUUUUUCGUUAUUAGUGUCCAAAUUAACAUUUAUAGUCCCACCAACCAUUCAUGUCUCACAAAAUAAACAAAUGAUAACUAAAGAUGAUUCAAUUAUACUUGAUUGCCAAGUUAUUAGUGGUAUUCCCCCUCCAACAAUUGUUUGGUGGAAGGAUGGACGACAACUAUAUAACGACCGUUAUAUACAAAUUCAAGAAGGUGGACGUUUAACUAUUCCUCGUGCAGAUAUUUCGGAUGCUGGGACUUAUGCCUGUAAAGCUGAGAACAUUGCUGGAUCAGCAAUUAAACCGCUCACUCUUGGUGUUGGAAGCCCUCCAACAAUUUUGCCAAGUCCGGAGACUGUCUAUGUCCAGAUUGGACAAACAGCAACACUUAACUGUAGAGUUGAUGGAAAUCCAAAACCACAAAUCCAAUGGCUUAAAAAUGGUUCCCCCAUAGAUGCAUUAAUAGAAGAACAAUUACGGUAUUCUCACCUGCCUGAUGACAGUCUUCACAUCAGAGGAGCAUCAUUAUCGGAUCAGUCGACGUUUACUUGUAUAGUUAGAAAUCAAUUUGGAGAACAAAGAAAGCGCACAAAUUUGGUUAUUACUGGAUUGGUGAGUCCUGUUCUUGCCAGUUUGCCUUCAAAAAUGGAACUGUUAAUGUCGAAGGAAGGGAUUUACAAAUUAACUGUGUUGUCCUACUUGGAACAUGUAAUCUUUCUUCGCGAUGGUUCUUUAUUACUUAAAAAUGGUUCUGAUGCACACAAAGGAACAUAUACGUGUAAGGCUAAUAGUGCUGCGGGAAAUGCUUUACAAGAUGUUAAUGUACAAUUAAUAAUGAAACCAAGAAUGCUCCAAACAGAUAUUGAAGAUGUACUAGUGGCCAAAGAUGGUGCUCAGCUUGAAAUACCAUGUCCUGUGUUAGUUCCUGAGGGGCAAGUUAGGCCUAAAGUGCUUUGGGCACAUGAUUCCCAGCCGUUAAAUGUUAAUACACCCGAAUAUAUUGUUUUGCCGAAUCUCAGCCUGAGAAUUUUGAGGGUUAGUUCUGCACAUAUUGGACGUUACACAUGUACAGCUGUGAAUGAGGCUGGAAAACUUGAAAAAACUACGCUUGUUUUAGCUCCACCCAAAGUGGGAAAUGAUGCCAUGCUUGAAGUUAUGCAAGGAGAAGUUCUUCCAAUGAACUGUGAUUUGCAGAACCCAGGGGAAUCUACAAUGAUUACUUGGCUUUUUAACAAUUCUACUAAUCUCCCUAAUAAUGUAUCAAUCCAGUCUGACGGGGCUUGGUUGCACAUUGUUGAUGCCCAAAUUGCUAACCAUCAGGGAAUCUAUACUUGUUUGGUUGAAAAUUCUGUAGGAAAAGCUAGAAGGGAAUUUAAUGUGAACAUUCUGGAACCACCUCGAUUCAUUGAUACGACUAAUACAAAAUAUUUGUUACUCGAGGGCCAGACUAUAAUGCUGGAUUGUACAUUAAAGGGAGCACCUUGGCCUAAAAUUAUUUGGAAAAAGAACAAUAAACCAUUAGAACUUGAUGAUUCAUUGAAUGACUUGGGAGAGGAUGCCGAACCUUUGUAUCAACUUAUAGACAAUGAUCAGAUUCUUCAUAUUUCUGAAGUAGAUGUGCGUCAUGCUGGUCGAUAUUCCUGCCUUGCCGAAAGUCGUGCAGGGCGAGCUGAAAAGGAUAUCAGUGUUUCACUACUAACAGCUCCAGUAAUGGCAUUAGAUCAAACAAACAUCGAGAUGAUUGAGAAUGAAAGCCAUACCUUGGAUUGCCCAUUAGAAAAUGAUGGCGGAUCAACAACCGAAUUACAUUGGACUAAAGAUGAAAUGCCGAUUGGUAAUGCCAUUGAGCAGCAAUCUCAAUAUCAGUCUCAUAUCCAACGUUCCAUGUCAGGAAAAAAACUUCAUUUGAUGAAGGCUCAACGAAUGGAUUCUGGGGCCUACAAAUGCAUAGCUAAAAAUGCUGCUGGUUUAGCCGAAGCUAUUAUUAAUGUUCUAGUUCUUGUUCCUCCAAGAAUCGAGGAUCCACAUGGCUAUCGUACUUUAGAAGCACUUGUUAAUGAUAGUGUUCAGAUAGAUUGUAUUGCCAGUGGAGUUCCUACUCCAAAGAUUGAAUGGUCUCAUAACGGGCGAAGUCUCUCAUCUGAAGAUUCCGCUAGCUUAUAUUUCGAAAAUGGAAGAUCUAAACUUCACAUACUUUCAGUGCAACCGAAAAAUGCUGGAAUAUAUUCAUGUACUGCAACAAAUAAAGCUGGAAAUUCUGAUAUGGAUAUUUUUCUUGAUGUAAUUGGUCUGUCAAUACCCAACACAUAUCAUUUAGAAUGUUUCUUAUAUAUAGGACCACCUACAAUUCGAGCACCAGCUACGGAACUAAACGUGGUUGAGGGAUCGGAGCAGCGUUUGGAAUGUGUAGUUGGGGGUCAUCCCUCACCUCGUGUUGAAUGGCGUAAAUCCGGUAGUAGUGAUAACGAUCCUUUAGCUGUUCAACAACAACAGCAGGAUGAAGAUAAACAAACUGAGGAACAUGCCAUUUUCACUGAACACUCAUACUUUCUCCAUAUCCAUGCUGCCGGACAGCAACAUGCCGGUCGUUAUACUUGUAUUGCUAAAAAUAAAGGUGGAGAAGAUCGCCUGGCCAUACAGUUAAAUGUUUUGGUUCCUCCAAGCAUUGAUGAAGGCGAACGCUUGCUUCGCGUAAUCGAAGGGGGUACAGCUUCAUUUGAAUGCCCAGCUAAAGGUUCACCUACUCCAAAAAUUCUCUGGAGAAGGAUGCCACAUGGAACUGUACUGAAUUCAGAAGAUGAGAAUAUACAUCUUGAAGGCAUUGGAGUAAAUCGGAACAUUCUUUUGAUCAAAGCUUUGAAGCCAGAGGAUGCUGGCAGGUGA